AUGGUCUGUUCGAAAGCCGCGCAGCUCCGCUCGCCUAAACGAGGUCGCGCUCGCAACGGAACGGCGCCGUGUCUUCGGCCGCGCACUCGUCGGUCGCUCGACGUUUGCACCGAUUCAUUCACUUGUCGGAUAAAGCACUACGCGCCCCUUGGAUACGGUUACAUUAAUGGAGCCCGGGGCGGCGGCGGCGCGAAACGAGCGUGUCUGCGAAGCGGCGGCCGCGUACUAGAAACUGGAUGGGCACCGGUUGGCUAUGGUCGGCGGCGCUCGGCCCCCUUCGGCCGAAGCCCCCGCGCGCCCGUCGGGUGCGAGCGAGAGCGGCCUGACGUCAACGGCGGCGUCCCGCUCGCACGGUGCGGCUGCACCCGCGGGGCCCUAACCAACGCAUCGCCUUCUCACUCGUUCGAGCGCAACCACCGACCGGCGGAGAUUGAUUGCCGUUUGCAACUCGAAUUACACGUUUACAUAAGGAAGGCUCAAUGGGAGCGAUUCGUGGGGCGGGUGAGGCGCGCGCCCCCGAGAUGCCCCGGGUGCGGAAUGUGGAGUACUGAACACGUUUAUUUGGUUAGCGCCGCGCUCUCGUCGGAUUCUAAUCUAGUGCGAGAUUUGCGGGAUGGUGUUGCUCUCAAAUUAUUGACACGGUUCACGGCGCCCUCAGCUGUGGGGAUUAACUUGAAA